AAGCUCAGCUCUGCCGUAUACUGCAUUGGUUGGGGAAUCCUGGCCGCCGACCGAAACGGCGGUACGAUCCAAACAUCAUUCUCGCUGGAGACUCUGUCGUUGACGGAUCGCGGUUAGUUUGGCACGUCGAGUUUCUCGGUUCGGAGCUUAUUUCCGACUCACAAUCACACACAUUCUGUGCUCGGUGAAAUCCUGUUCUGAUUGUUCUGCUGCGCGUGUUUUCUCAUCCUCAUCUGCGGCAUCCUUCCACCACCGGAUGGUGGCGGCGUUAGCGUUUGGGGCUUGAACGUGGAUGGGAUUGUGUUGGGGCUGGUGGCUUCCUCGUUCAAUCGGAGUGUGUGAAGAGUGUUCUUGUGGGGGUGGUUGAAUAUUCGUUCUCGAUUAGAAGAGCAAAACAAACGGGUGUCCCCAUAUUAUUGUCAGCUGCUUCCUGUUUUAUGCUUUUCGGAGGAUUGUGGAAAGUUGUUGUCAGACGACACCGGAGAUAAUUCGACCCAAGUGAGUUUGAUCGGAUUCGACCGAGCGUGAAGUGCUCACCCCCUUCUAUCCAAUAAAAGGAAAAUUCAUGUCCGGAUUUAUGGGAUUUGGUGGAAACGAACAAGGAGCAGCUGCUGGAGAAGAUUGUGACAUCCUGUUAGCUGGUAAGCUGAUUUCCGUUUGAAGCUGAAUUCCACGUUGUUCUUGUCGUUAUCGUCGUCGUCCGUCGUUGCUUUUGGAGACGGGUCGCAAAAAAGCCAACAUCAAACUGUUGAGAAAAAAUAAAACAGCGGAAUUGUAUUUUCCAGCGACAGGAAAGAAUUUAGUGUGUUCUGUUCUUGUACGUGUGAUAGGUGAAAGAUACAUGUGAAGCGCGGGGCAGAAUUAAUGCGAAAAAAUAAAUUUAUGCUUCUAGAGUGGAGAUUUAUUCGCUGUCAACUUAAUCGUCGGUUUCCAGCGCCUGUAGUGUUGGGUGGGUGAAGAAAACGUGAGCUUGUAAAAUAAUUUCAAAAAUAAUUCUCAGCGAGCUGGGAAGUCGUGCUUUUCAAAUUAACGAUUUCUAUGGAAAUUAUUUUAAUGAAGUGAAAUUUGACCCGUGUGUAUUUACCAGUUUGAUAAUCAAACUAAAGUAAUCAAAUAGUGAAACGAUUCCCAGUCUAUCAACUGAGCAACAGUGCAAAAUUUUACGAGAAAAGUUCAUGUUCGAGUAAGCCAUCAAACAAAGUCGUAUAAAAGUUUUCAAAAGUCAGUGCUAACCAGUGCAUAACUGAGGCAGCAGUGGAACGUACAUAAUCAUUACAAGAUUUAUGUGAGUUUUUGGUGGGAUUUAAUUGGUGCAAGUAUCUUCGUUGCACAUUCCACUUGGAAAUAAGGAAAUCCGAAGCUCGUUGUUGGAUGUUGGUGAUUUCGAACCGGCAAAAAGUAAAGCUUACCGAAAAGCCCUUACCGAAAACAUCGAAUUAGUUAACCUCCUGACCGUUCCCGGAAAGCCGACAAGUGAAGUCUGAAGACUCGUUUUCAUAAAUAUUGAAAAGGGACGAAAGUGUUGCUCGUUUGUAUAAUAGCGGCAAAAGGUACCAGAUGGAGCAAUCAAUCCCUUGAAAGUUCACUUGUCUUGUGAUUGCGUGGCGGGUCCCAUCUCUCGAACAGACAGAGAAGCAUAGGAGGACAGGUCAAACCAGCAGAGACGCGGGGAGCAGCCGCAUACAUUCCUUAAGGGAUUUCAGCUUUCAUCGGUGCUUCAACUUGAAUAAAGAUGACACACCUUCAGCGGCACCGGUUGGAAUCGGUCAGCGACCACAGCGCCAGUGCUCCGUCCACAUCGAGCAAAUCGGACAGCUCCGACGGGUCAGCGUCGGAAAUCUGCGAUGCCAUUCACGAGUGGUCGCUGGACGCAACCAGCGAGUCCCAGUCGAUUCCCAGCCAGAACAGCAGUGGCGAAAGCAGCACCAGCAGUAGCAGUGGCCAUCGGCAUCAUCACCACCACCACCAUCACCACCAUCAUGGACGGCACAGCCAACAGCCGAAGCAGCCGUUGAAUGGGAACUUCAUCAACGAGGACGACAACGAGCUGGAGUACAGCAAGCAUGAUCUGAUAAGUCUGGACAGUGGCAUGAUUACUGACUUUGAGCGCGCCCAGGUGGAGAGUUUCUUCAGCGGUCUGGGAACGGAGGUCUACGUCAGCACAUCGCUAGCCAAUCUGUACGAAAGCAUCGGCAAGGACGACUGGCGUCUGGUUUUCACUGGCAUUCCGGUGCUGCUGCACGACAAAGGGUGCACACGAUCACGCUGUACGCCGCGGGUGAGCUUUGUCCUGGCGGAACGGGGCACCUGUUUCGCCCUCUGGAAGGACACCAUCGACAAUCUGUCCGACUAUAAGGUCGCAGCGGCAGCCUUUCACACCAUGUGUCUCUCGGCAGACCACCGCAAGGUAAUCGGCUUCAGUUUCGACUCCAACCAGGCUGCCCGCGAGAUGUGGGUCCGCGUGGAGGAACUCAUCAGCAAUCCUGAGAACAUUGCCCUGUCCGUGCCGGGCCGUAAGCGGAAGCCCAAGAAGACCGCCAAACCCAUGACCCUUCCGCCAAAGUCACAAAUCUCCCAACCCUGUCAGUUCCACCACGUUACCAGCGUGACCACCAACGACACCCCGCGUUACUUCAGCCUGCAGGCGUUCGUGACCCCACCGGUCAAGCAUCGGGAACCCUAGGGCCGGGCCAAUGGCCGACCUUUUUAUAAUUUUUUAUUUCCAUAAUUUCCGUAAUUAUCCGUAAUGGACGAAUGGUUGGUCAAACGAAAAUACGCAUUCACACAAACAUACAUUUUGAGUAUCGAUAGGAGUUAUACUUUUUAAUUAAUGAGCACUGAUUAACAGAGCAUCACUCUAACAUGGAGAUCCGACCGCUUAAUGAAAAGCGCCAAGCGGGAAUUUUAAUUGUAAAUCAAUCGGCUGAUUUCCGACUGCGUAAUGCCUUUAUCAUUGAUUCUCCUCGGUUUGUAUUCCCUUUGUUUGUUUUUAACAUGGUAAAAGAGCAUGUAAUAAAAAUAAAUGACAGUUGAAUGUACAUUGAAAUGGUGUCAGUUUUACAAUUAAUUAUUAUUUUAGUAUAGAUCAGAAAUAUAAGAAAAGUAAAAUGGUAGUUUUUGUAAGACUUUGGAUGUGACGAACUGACAGAUAGAUGGCAUCAGAAAAAUAACAUAAACAAGAAAAAAUGGCAUGGCAUCGCUAAUUAGUUGUACAAUUGUGUACAUAUUGUGUCUGUGAUAAAUUGAUGGUAUGUGAACGAAAAUUACAGAAGACAAAAAGCUUUCAUCGAAUGUAACAAACAGAAAUUCCUCAGUAAACGAACAAACAGCAAUAUGUGGAUGCCACGAGCACCGAGUAUUCGAUUAUAUUAGGAUUAAUUUGAUUAAAGUUAUGAACUCGAUUUCAUCCCAACAACCCACGAAAUCAAUUGUCAACCUUUUAAUUAAAACAGAAAAAUUUCACAAUCACUCGAAUAGAAUACGAUUUUAAAUUUCUUACUUCUCUUCCCAACAAACCUACAUUCUUCAUCAGAAUCACUAGAAUUUAUCUCAUGCCGUGGCGCAAAUGGGGUCUAGAGGAAGUGAUAAGCGAAAACAGAAUAUGACAUGCAGCUGGGAGGAUUUUACCAACGGAAAGUCCAUUCUUCAGGGAAACAUGAAACCCGAUAAAACGGUAGCCGACAUUUGUUCUCAUUUUCGUCAUUCAUAACGACAACCCAGUUUGAAUAUUGUAAUGCAGAAUAUGUUGGAACAAUAGAAUUAAGCUUUGACUAGGAAUCCUGUGCUGUAGACAGCGCGGUUCGUCUUAUUUAUACCAUCAAGUUAGUUAUGUGAACAUAAAUUCACACGAUGCUUAUAUAGAAACUCUUCGUAACUGUUGCUGGAGUUUAACUUUAUUCUGAAACAUAGUCAUCCCUAGAACGUAAGGAAACAUUGAACACUGAAACUUAAAUUAAGUUAUCCAAACUAUGGACAAUUAUAUCUAGCUGUGUAAAUAAUUUUAUUAUUCAUGUAAGUUCAGAUAUCGAAAUAAAGCAAAUAUGUGCAAACAAA